AUGGGGGCUGUCUGCGUAGUACGCGGCAGAAGGAGCAACGGAAACGAGGAUGAUAGCCCGGAGGCGGUCGCACGCAGACGAAAUGUUGACGAUUUGGAGGUAUCUUAUCUCUGGAAGGAGCGAUCCUGGGAUAUUCGCAGACGGAAGGAGAAUACCAAGAAAAUACAGCAAGAGACGAGAAGGACAGAGCGACGGAAGAGUCCGAAGAUGAGGAUCAAGAGAGGCUGA